AUGCCUCUUCCGCGCGUGUUCAUGGACUUUACGGUCGGUGACGCGCCUCUGGGUCGCGUAGUCUUCGAGCUAUUCUCCGACGUGGUGCCCAAGACGGCUGAGAACUUCCGAGCCUUGUGCACCGGCGAGAAGCGCAAUGCUAAAGGGGAGCCACUCGCGUACAAAGGUUCGCCGGUCCACCGCAUCAUCGACGGUUUCAUGCUGCAAGGUGGAGACUUCACCAAGCGGAACGGUUCUGGUGGCGAGUCUAUCUACGGCGGCACGUUCGCGGACGAGCGCCUUACAGGAGAUGGGACUGAGGUGGACCGCGAAGGUCUCCUCGUGAUGGCGAACCGCGGCCCCGACACCAAUGGCUCGCAGUGGUUCGUCACGCUGGCGCCAGCACCCCACCUCACGGGCAAGCAUGUGUAUGUCGGCUUCAGAACGAUCUGCCGCUGA